CGGAGUCCGGCGAGAGCCAACGCAGGCGUCGGCCUGCCGUCGCGUGCGUAAGCGGGGCAGCGACGCCGGGCGGCUACGCCGCGGAAUCAGCGUAGGCGGCUUUGGAGAAUCGGCGGGCUGCGCUGCGCCGGGGCUGGUCGGGCGGGGGGAGGGGAUGUCGGUCAGUGCGAGAUCCGCCGCCGCUGAGGAGAGAAGCGUCCACGGCGGCACCAUGGUAGCUCAACCGAAGAACCUUGAAGGCUACGUGGGAUUUGCCAAUCUCCCAAAUCAAGUAUAUAGAAAAUCAGUGAAGAGAGGGUUUGAAUUCACACUUAUGGUAGUAGGUGAAUCUGGAUUGGGAAAGUCAACAUUAAUCAACUCAUUAUUCCUCACAGAUUUGUAUUCUCCAGAGUAUCCAGGUCCUUCCCAUAGAAUAAAAAAGACUGUACAGCACAGCUCUAACUUACUGAAUGAAACAACUGUUAGUGAACUGAAGCAGGAAUAUACAGCAUAUGAAGAGAGAAAGGCUCAGCUCUCCUUAGAGUUGCAUUUGAAGACCAAGAGUGAUUACUCUGGUGCACACUGGCAGCCUGUGAUCGACUACAUUGAUAGUAAAUUUGAGGAUUACCUAAACGCAGAAUCGCGAGUGAACAGACGUCAGAUGCCUGAUAACAGGGUGCAGUGUUGUUUAUACUUCAUUGCUCCUUCAGGACACGGACUUAAACCAUUGGAUAUUGAGUUUAUGAAGCGCUUGCACGAGAAAGUGAAUAUCAUCCCACUGAUUGCCAAAGCUGACACACUCACGCCGGAGGAAUGCCAACAGUUUAAAAAACAGAUAAUGAAAGAAAUCCAAGAACAUAAAAUUAAAAUAUAUGAAUUUCCAGAAACAGAUGAUGAAGAAGAAAAUAAGCUGGUUAAAAAGAUAAAAGACCGCUUACCUCUUGCUGUGGUGGGCAGCAAUACUAUCAUUGAAGUUAAUGGCAAAAGGGUCAGAGGAAGGCAGUACCCUUGGGGUGUGGCUGAAGUUGAAAAUGGUGAACAUUGUGAUUUUACAAUUCUAAGAAAUAUGUUGAUAAGGACGCACAUGCAGGAUUUGAAAGAUGUCACCAAUAAUGUGCACUACGAGAACUACAGAAGCAGAAAACUGGCAGCUGUCACUUACAAUGGAGUGGAUAACAACAAGAACAAAGGGCAACUUACUAAGAGCCCUCUGGCACAGAUGGAAGAAGAAAGAAGGGAACAUGUAGCCAAGAUGAAGAAGAUGGAGAUGGAGAUGGAGCAGGUGUUUGAGAUGAAGGUCAAAGAGAAAGUUCAAAAGCUGAAGGACUCUGAAGCUGAGCUCCAGCGACGCCAUGAGCAAAUGAAAAAGAAUUUGGAAGCACAACACAAAGAAUUAGAGGAAAAACGUCGUCAGUUUGAGGAAGAAAAAGCAAACUGGGAAGCUCAGCAACGUAUUUUAGAGCAACAGAACUCUUCAAGAACCUUGGAAAAGAACAAGAAGAAAGGAAAGAUCUUUUAAACUCCCUGUUGACCACCAGUUACAUAUUAGUUGCCAAUACGCCAGCUUGGACAUCAGUGUUUGUUGGAUCCGUUUGACCAAUUUGCACCAGUUUUUAAAUCCAUAAUGAUGGAUUUAACAGCAUGACAAAAAUUAUUUUUUUGUUGUUCUUGAUGGAAUUAAGAUGCCUUGAAUUGUCUAGGGUGUUGUGUACUUAGAAAUAACAGCUCUAAGUACCUUUCUACAUUUUCUUUCCUUUUUUUAUUAUUAAACCGAUGUCUUCAAUUUAAUGCAAGAGAACAUUUUACUGUUGUACAAUCAUGUUCUGGUGGUUUGAUUGUUUACAGGAUAUUCCAAAAUAAAAGGACUCUGGAAGGUUUUCAUUGAGGAUAAAUUGCCAUAAUAUGAUACCAACUAUGCUUCUCUGAUAAUUAUAAUACAGAGGUUCCAUUCAGUGCAGCCUACACAAUAAUGUAAUUUAGUCUAACACAGUUGACCCUAUUUUUUGACACUUCCAUUGUUUAAAAGUACACAUGGAAAAAAACCUAUAUGCUUACAGUGCACCUAGAGCUUUUUUAUAACAACCUUUUUUUUUGUUUGUUUGUUUGUUUGUUUUGGAUUCUUUUAAGUAUAUAUUAUUCUCAUUUAGUGCCCUCUUUAGCCAGAAUCUCAUUACUGCUUCAUUUUUGUAAUAACAUUUAAUUUAGAUAUUUUCCAUAUAUUGGCCCUGCUAAAAUAGAAUAUAGCAUCUUUCAUAUGGUAGAAACCAACAAGGAAACUUUCCACUAACUCCCUUUUUACACUUUAUGGUAAGCAGCAGGGGAAAUGCAUUUAUAGGUCAUUUCUAGGCAGAUCGCGAAGCUAACGACCAACCUGUCUCUACCUACACACUAGAAAGGGACGUCAUGGCCUCCCAAGGAGAAGAGUCACCAUUCUGCACUUAGCUGUAUCCAUAUAUUGCAUUUCUGUAUUUUUGUUUGUAUUGUACAAAAUUCACAUAAUAAACAAUGUUGUGAUGUAACA